AUGAAAACUUCAAACGCGUAUGAGAAUGUAAAUGCAAACGCAAGUAGUAACAAGUGUAGCAAUUCUAAAAAUGUUUUUACGAAUUCAGCAUCUGUAAUAUGGAUCGAAAAAGAAAAAUUAGAUUCUAUUAUUCACAUUCCUCUAUACUCUAACUUGUCAAAAUAUGUCUCCGAUUUGAGCAGACACCCAGUAAAGCAAAAAAAGAAAGAAGAUAUUUUGUCCAAGAUUUUCCUUCUCUUUGAUGAUAACAGUUGCAAUAUUGCUGUUGAUAUAUCGCCCUUGUGCGAAUCUAACAAUAACAAAAUUCCACUUCUCAUUUAUGAACGGUAUUACUUCUGGAGUCUUCAUUUUUUAUUUGAAAAAUCGAAAAUAAAAAGACAGAAAUUAAAUAUAUGUUCAGAUUUCAAUUGGAGGUGUGGAAUCAACAAAUAUAACAUGUAUGAUGACGAUGUGUAUAUGUACACAUCUAUUUAUAAUUGCGCAUACAAUAGAAACGAUGAUGAGAAAAAUGGAAGCAUUAACAAUUAUUCUGAGUUAGCCACAGAUAAUCACAAGGAGGUGAAUAAAGAAUUGACUAUAUAUAAUAAAGACUAUAUAAAAUAUUUGUACCUUAAUGAUCUCAAAAAUAAUGCCAUGGGAAAAAAUGGAUCAAACGAGCAAAGUGGAGAAAAUGAUCCUAAAAUAACACCAAAUGGAGAUUCCCUUUUUGAACAAAAUGUAUAUUCGAACAACGAAAUAAAAUGGUACCGCUUAAAGAUAAAAAUUGAAAGUGUUGAAAAAAAGAAAAAAAACAAAAACUACAAACAAAACAUGAAUAAAAAUAAAAACAGUACGAUUAAUAGGCUCCAUUAUAAGAAUUUUAACAUUUACAAUAACAGUAGUAGUAAUAAAAAUAUUAACUUUUAUUAUAAUAGUAAUAAAAAUUUCUUCUCUGAAAAGAGAACAUGUAAUAAUUUCAUAAAUCCAAAAAAAGAAACAUAUGAUCAUUCCUUUAAUGCAAAUAUCAUGAAUAAAAUAAGUCAUUUAUCACUCAUAGACAAUGAUGCUACGAGGAAAAAUAUUAGCAAUUUAAUAAAAAUGCAAAAGGAAUCUUUUUGUGCCUUAAACCAGGGAAAUGACAAAAAUAUAUUAGACACAUCAAAUGAUGAACUAUUACAACCAACUUCAAAUAGAAGGAGCAAUGAAUCCAUCUUCAAUUCAAACAAGGGAGAAAGUUUAGUUAGCAUCAGUAAUCAUAAUGGAAAAAGGAGGAAAAGAAAAAACUGGUUCUAUUAUGAAAGCAGUAGCAACGAAACGAACCCUUGUCUAUAUGAUGAUGAUGAUAAGACAAUCUCUGGGAGGAAUUUUGUUUGUGUGCCUGAUCGAGGAUGUGGAUACGCGGAAAAUAAAAGGAAAAAAAAAAGGGAUGCACAUGGGAAUGGUGAUGGGAAUGCAAACGAGAAUGACCAAAUGGAUGACCACAAGAAUGACCCCACAAAUGACCAUUUGAGGGGACAGUGGAAAAAUAUUUUUAGUGUGCUCGGAGCCGUGAACAAUUGUGGAAGCGCAAAAAAUAGCCCGAAUCGGCAGGGAGGCAAUUCUGAAAAAAAAGAGGUACUAAAAAGUUGUAAUCCUGAACCAUCCAUUAGUUACGAUCAUGUAAUCACAGAAGAGCUGAAGGACACAUUAACCAAUUUGAACGUAUGUUCAGAAAAUAGAACAUAUGUGCGAAUGGUUAACGCAGGUGAUUCUAGCACUCAGUUCCACAGCUUCGAUAUUGAAGAGGAAAUCGAAGCACAUGUGUUGGAAAACGUACCAAUAACAGGAAAGGAGGAUAUCCCAGAAAGAAUUUGUGAAACGGAAAAAAGUCAAACUAUUAUGAAUGAAGAAAAAAAUAAUGAAAGAGAUAACAAUAACUGUCUAAUUGGGAACACCAAAUUAUAUCCAAAAGAAAUAGAAGAAUGCAAUACAGAGUUUAGAAGCAUUGUAUCUGAAGAAUGUGAUAAAAAAGAUGAUAAACUAAAAAGUAUGAAACGAAGAAAUCAUAACAAUGAGGCACAAAAUUUGUACAUAAAUAAAAUUUUAAACAAUAUUAUUAACAAACAGAAAUCUCAUUUAAAUUCGUUAUCAAAAAAUUUUGAAAGAAUUCAAGGAUUUUAUAAACAAAAUUAUAAAAUAUUCCUUAUUCAAAAUAAAGAUGAUUUAAAUGCUAAACGAAACUGUUUUAAAAAUGAUCAAAAUUUAUAUGUCUUAUCUUCUUUACCUACAAAUGAUGAAUUUGGUAAUGACCUUAACAUAUUUGAUCAGUUUAAGGCUUAUUUGCGAAUGUAUAAAACGGGAAAGAAUCAGCAAAACUAUCAAACAAAAAAAGACAUAAAUUUAUGUAAUCCAAGAGGAACUGAAAAAUGUAAUUCCAAAAAUGAAGCAGAUGAUGCCAACUGCACAGAGAAGAAAGAACACGCACAUGAAGGUUCAAACAGCAACCUUGGCAAUGAUGUUAUCGAGGAGGCAUCCAGUUUAUCAGAGAAAAAAAUUGAAUAUAUGAAUAUCCAUAAUGCUACAAAUUAUUCAACAAAAAUUGUUCCAGUUCCAAAAGGAGGGAAGGAAGAUACAGAGAUUGCACUGCAAGGAGGAGAAGCAGCAGCAGCAGUAGUAGGGACACAAAUACAUGCAACAAAUCUGAAGGCAUCCGAAAACGAAAUAAUAUUUCAUGCAGUAAAUAAAAAGAGUCCAAGUUGUGUAAAAAGAUUAAAAGAAGGAGAUUAUUUAUAUAUAAAGUUUAACUAUUCAUAUGAUGAUUAUGAUAAAAUAAGAGUAUUAAAAAAAGAAAAUGUUCUUCAAAUACUUAUUUAUCUAAUGCAAAAUCAAGAAUGUUUGAAACUAUCCAACAUUUCUACAUAUUCACCGGAUUUGCUAUGGAACCUAUCUUUACAUUUCAAAAAAAAUACGCACGAUAUGGAAUUAAAUUUAGACAAGAUGUAUUCUCAUUUUUGUAAACGUUAUGAGAUUAUUUCUUUAGAUGGAGAACCCAGAGCCGAAUGUCAGUUGAAGUUGAACAUUCAGCCCAAGGGGGUAUCAAAACGGGAUUAUGAACCAGAAUUUGAACAAAAAUUUCAGCACAGAUUUGAAGGCAAAUUUAAACCCAAUUUGGAAUGCGAACUAGAACCCAAUUUGGAACGAAAACUUGAACCCAAUUUGGAACGCGAACUUGAACCCAAUUUAGAACCCCAUUUUGAAGCCGAAUCUGAUAGCGAUUCAUUUGUAAAAAAUGCAAGAUGCAUAAAGAGCGCAAAGAAAGCCAGGAAAGAAAACCUCAAAGAAAUGGAAAUCAUGAAGUUGAAAGAUAAUGUCUCGUUUUUGGACAAAUUCCUUCAAAAUGUAAAUGAUGCCAAGUUAAAAAAAUUAAAAAAGAUGCAAACAGAGUACUACAAAAAGUAUGAAUUUGACAGAACAAUUAACCGAUUAAAUAAACAGGAGCUUAUCAAUCUGUUCAUAGAUAAAAAAAUUGAAAUGAACACUCUUCCACUUUCAUUUUUAAAAGAAAAAGGUAGGAAUAUUAUAUAUGAAGAAAAUAUAAAAAUGAACAUGUUUGCAUGCAUCAAAAUAAUAUUUGAUGAUAUUAAAGGUAGAUGUAUCUACGCAGCUAGCGAUUUGAACAAAUUUGAUUUUAUUUUUGAAUACGUUGGAGAAUUACUAACACAUAACGAGGCAAUGGAAAGAGAGAGAAAAUAUAAUAAAAAUAAAAAAAAAGGGUGCUAUAUGUUUUAUUUUAAGCAUGAAAAUAAAAGGUAUUGUAUAGAUGGAACGGAAGAAAACAUUGAUGCUGCUAUAAAUAAUAAAGACAAAAAAUAUUUCCUUCGAUCCUUCGCUAGAUUAGUCAAUCAUUCAAAGAAAAACGCCAACCUCAUCCCUAAAGUUCUAACCGUUUGCAGUCUUCCCAGACUUUUCUUUGUUGCCGCAAGGAAUAUAAAAGAAGGAGAAGAAUUGUUAAUUGAUUAUGGAGAACGUAACAGGGAAAUCAUCAAGAAUAAUGAGUGGUUGAAACGAUAG